AUGCUCGCGCGUUUUCGUAACGCGUUCAAUUGUUCCCUGCCGAAAUGCGGGAAUUUCAAACUUCCAGGGAUGGAUAAGCCCGAGUCCUCUACGGGGGACGAGAGCAACGCGGAUCUCGAGGACAGGGACCCGAACAGCCUGAAUCAGCACCUUCAGGUGAUGUGGGACGACGUGAUCGGAGAACCGGAAGGAAUACGUAGUCCGGAGUGCGCGUGGCGUCUCAGCGGUCAUUGUUUUCGGUUGUCCAGGGGAUGCUGCUACGUUUUACUCUCGGUCCUCAUCGCGCCUAUAUUAGCCCUUUGUUUCGGCUUCACCUUCGCUUGCCUCGCGUUUCAACACAUAUGGUGUCUGGCCCCCUGCCUACGCGUCUGGAAAAUUACCUGCGCGGCGACCAGAAAUUUUCUCGUCGCGGCCACGCAGGCCAUCGUACGACCGGUGAUGGACUCGCUGGGCUACUUGUUCCAUAACAUUCGUGUCUACAAUCAAAGGCUGCCGGAUGGGCCGGCCGUGAAGGACGAUCUACUGGUGGUAUGA